AUAAAAGGGAAUCGCGCACGCUCCAGACAGCACAGAACGCAACCGAUUGUUCGAUCAAGCAAUCCUUCUCCAAUCAACUACAACCCUUUUUCUCAACAGCAAUCAUGAAGUGCAUCGCAGCUGUAGUCAUGAUGGCUCUGGCCGUUGUCGCCGAAGCUGGACUCGCCCCUCUGUUCUACGGAGCACCCCUAGCCCUUGCCGCCCCCCACACUACGGUCGUGCAGAGUAACUCGGACGCCAAGUUUAUCGCGACGGCCCCAGCCUACGCCUAUGCCGGCGCUCCGUUGGCCUAUGCUCCUGCUGCUCCGUACUACUACACCGCCCCGUUGGCCUACAGUGCUCCGGCGCUCGUCUACCAGAAGGAGGCUCGCUAUCUGGCCGCCAACCGAGGAGCGAUCCACGAGGCUCCACUGCCAGGCCACGCUUUCUCCCAGCAGCAGCUGAACCUGGAAGCUGCGCCCGGUUCGGACUAAAUUGCUGCUAGUUGGACCAACACUAAAUUCCCCAUCUUCAAGUCAAAACACGAUGAAGAAUGACUGGACAUGAAGAAGCGAUUCGUUGGAAAUACACUCAUUUGGCUACCAAUGUAAAAAUCUCGGCGGUUCUUACACAAUUGUAUGCAAAGAAAGAAAUGUUGCGUUGGUUCCGGUGUCACGAUGUGCCAUUGUCCGAUGCAUAGGCGGCGUGUGGAUCUGAUAAGACGACACCGCAUUGAGUGCUUCCGGAUCAUCCAGAAGUUUGGGAAACCAGUUUUCUAACACUCCGAGCGGACGUGUAUAAAUUCCAUCCGAUCAUCGUUCGAAGCCAGUAGUCGGUGAUCUUCUGUCCCAUCUGUCAUAGCAAGCGCAGUCACGAUGAAGGUAAGCGUUUGAAGAUGAGUACUGCUCCUUCGUAAACAAUCGUUCCGGUGUGAUCGGUCUCUUGCAGAGCUUCACAGCAGUCCUGGCAUUCACGCUCCUCGCCACCGUCUUUGCAAAUCCUAGCCCAUUCCUCCACCGCCACACCCACGGUGGAGUCCACACCUACCAUCCCGUAACGGUGCGUGAGUACGUGAAGGUACCGGAAGUGCAUGUGCAGAGGGUCGUCCAUAAGGUGCCCGUGUACGUGCCAGUGGUACAUCAUGUUCCGGUAGUGCAGCAAGUCCACGUUCCAGUUCCGGUAGAACGGCCGGUAAAUGUCGAGGUCGGUGGUGGAGUGAACGUAGCCGCCAAUCCGGGUGCGGUGCAUGUGACUAAAACCAAGCCGGUUAAAGUUUCGGUAUGAUAGGAAGGUAUCGUUUAUUUUACUGAACGCAUUCUACAGUAUCGCUCCACAAUGCACGCUGAUAAGCAUCGGCUGGGCCCCAAUCAAGGGGCUUUAGUUGACUCUUCAAACGCUAGAAGACAGCACAUCGAAAAAGGAUUCAAAUUAACCGUUUAAAAGAAAAGCAAUCUCGUUAUCCUACCUUCAUCAACGUUCCUUUUGUGAUCAUCAGCUUGUAGAUAACGAAUGCUGGAAUGCACAGCAUGGAGACCAAACAGCUUGCCCAACCGACUCCUAUUGCCCAUCGCGGGUACGAUAAUCCAUUGUAAGACACCUCAGUAUUGUACGCGAUUGUAGUGAUGAAAAUAAACUUAAAGAAACGCUCAAUU